GACCCCCGCGAUGCCCCUCCGCCGACGCGCGCCGAGACGCGCGAGGAGCGCAUGGAGCGCAAGCGGCGGGAGAAGAUCGAGCGAAGGCAGCAGGAGGUGGAGUCUGAGCUCAAGCUCUGGGACCCCCACAAUGACCCCAACGCUCAAGGAGAUGCCUUCAAAACCCUGUUCGUGGCCAGAGUGAAUUACGACACGACGGAGUCGAAGCUGCGCCGAGAGUUUGAGGUUUACGGCCCCAUCAAGAGGAUCUACAUGGUGUACAACAAGCGCUCGGGGAAGCCACGUGGCUACGCCUUCAUCGAGUACGAGCACGAGCGGGACAUGCACUGUGAGUACCCCCAGACCCCC